AUGUGCGGAUUCGGCAACGACGAGAACCUGGACCGAUUGGAACGCAGCCUGUACGACCGCGCUCUAUUCUAUGUCAAAGGGCUGCUACUCUAUCCCGAAAAUGUACCACUUAUAAUCAAGACCCUCGAAAUUCACUGCGGGAACCCUGAACUUAUUGUGGAGACCAUGGUGCAGCGAGUUCGAGCGAUGUCACCACCGAAAGCUGAUCAAAUGGAGACAAUCAUCGAUUUCGGGAUAGCGGUUCAAAACCUAUGCGCUACGAUGACGGCUUGCCGAAUGAACGAGUGCUUGUAUAACGUGGCCUUGCUGCAGGAGCUCGUCGAGCGUCUACCGCCAACGAUAAAGAUCAACUGGGCUCUACAUCGUAAAAGCAAAAAGACCGUGUCACUGGCAGACUUUGGUAAAUGGCUCGGUACACUGGUGGAGGCGCUAAGUAAGGUCACAAGGCCGCCAGCUGGGCCGAAACACCAGAUCGGCCAACGGGACCGUAGGAAUGAACAAGUCCAUGUCCAUUCAGACGAUGUCAAGGAAAGAAACGCUUCAAAGGGCUGCCACGUGUGUAAGGAAGACUGUCAGUCGCUGGAAAAGUGUGGCGAAUUCGGCAAGAUGUCGCCACUAUCACGCUGGAAACUGAUCAAGGAAAUGGAUAUCUGCCGCAAGUGCCUGAAAAAACAUAUCAGAGCGUGCGACUCUAAAGUCCCUUGCGGUACAAACGGUUGCCCAUUCCUGCACCACAAACUUCUCCACGAUGACGCCAAGCACAAGCUUCCGGAACAAGUAACCCAGGACAAGCCGAAAGAGGAUUGUAACGCACACCAAUGCUGCCUAGGAUCAGUCCUUUUCAAAUAUGUUCAGAUAACACUUCACGGAAACGGAAAGUCCGUCACUACAUAUGCUUUCCUCGACAGCGGAUCGACAUGCUCAUUGAUGGAACACAGUCUCUGGGAGGAGCUCGGAUUGGACGGCGAAAAGCAACCGCUGUGCAUUGGUUGGACCGCUGGACAAGGUCGAUAUGAAGCUAAUUCGGUAAGGUGCACGGUCGACGUGUCCGGGACCACUGGGAAACGACGCAAUCGACUAAAGAAAGUACACACGGUCGAGAGUCUACAACUACCCGUGCAGACGAUGAACAUCGACGACCUCUCGGAACACUAUGGACACUUGGCCAACCUACCAGUAGAAUCGUACGCAAACGUACGCCCGAGGAUUCUCCUGGGAAUGGACAACGCCUAUCUCGACCAACCGCUCGAGGCCCGCGAAGGUGGGGAGAAUCAACCUGUUGCUGCUCUCACAAGACUUGGAUGGACUGUAUACGGCCCUUGCUCGGUGGCAGAGGAGACACAGGCAGCUACAGAGUUCAACUACCAUAUUUGUCAGUGUGAGACUUUGCAAGCUGAGAUGAAGCAGUAUUUUAUGCUCGACAGCCUCGGAAUACAGAUUCCCAGCAAGCCGCUGUUAUCGAAGGACGACGAACGAGCAGUGGACAUGUUGAAAAAAAGGACGAUUCUUGAUGGGGAGCGAUACAGAACUGGACUACUCUGGAAGUUCGAUGAUGUGAAAUUGCCCGAUUCGAGACCCAUGGCUCUGAACCGUCUGCGGUGUUUGGAGAAGCGGAUGAUUCGGGAACCGGAACUCGCCACAGCUCUGCAAGCUAAAAUCGAGGACUACGAACAGAAGGGAUACAUUAGAAAGCUGACGGAUGCAGAAGAACGGGCGGAUCGAGAUCGUGUGUGGUAUCUCCCUAUCUUUGUUGUAACCAACCCAAACAAACCGGGAAAACUGCGCAUUGUGUGGGACGCUGCAGCAGAAGUAAGAGGCACAUCUUUAAACUCAGUUCUCCUGAAAGGCCCGGAUCAAGUCACGUCACUGGUAGACGUUCUGCUGCGUUUCCGAGAGUACCGUACGGCUGUUACCGGUGACAUAAAAGAGAUGUUCCAUCAAGUGAGGGUUCACCCGGACGAUCAACACUGUCAGCGAUUCCUGUGGAACAACGGCUCGCCCGGCUCAACUCCGUCCGUCUACGUCAUGCAGGUGAUGACAUUCGGCGCCAGCUGCUCUCCAAGUUGCGCGCAGUUCGUCAAGAACAUAAACGCGGAGCGCUUUGCAGAGGAUUCACCAGCAGCUGCCAAGGCCAUAAUAAACGACCACUACGUAGACGACAUGCUGAGCAGCGUUGAAACAGAACAAGAGGCGAUCAAGCUAGCAAGCAGCGUUAGAGACAUUCACGGACAGGGUGGGUUCGAAAUACGCGGAUGGCGAUCAAACUCAAAAGCGGUUCUCGCGGCGCUAAACUCGCAGGAAUGCGAUGAUAAAAAUCUCAGCGAAGCCUCGCAAUUCUCAACCGAGAAAGUACUGGGCAUGUGGUGGGAUUCGAGCACGGACACUUUCACUUUCAGGCUGCCAACAAAACCUGACAAGGACCUGCUCAAUGGCCUCCGCGUUCCAACGAAAAAAGAAGUUGUUCGUGUGCUGAUGAGUAUCUUCGACCCUCUUGGCCUGCUGGCCAACGUACUGAUGUUCCUGAAGGUUCUAAUCCAAGAAAUCUGGCGCUCUGGAAUAGGAUGGAAUGCUACCAUAACUCCGGAGCAGUACGAGAAGUGGCUCGUUUGGCUGAAGGUAAUCGAAAAGGUAGAGGCCGUGUCAAUUCCGAGAUGCUAUCGCCAGAUAACGUCGAGCUCGUCGAAAACAAACGUUCAACUGCACACCUUCGUUGAUGCCAGCACCAACGGAUGUGCCACUGUCGCUUUCCUGCGGUUCGAGGAAGAAGACCGUAUUGAGUGCGCAUUUGUUGCCGGCAAAACCCGAGUCGCUCCGAACAAACUGACUUCAAUACCUCGGCUGGAGAUUGAUGCAGGAACCAUGGGAGUCAGACUAGCGCAGAAAAUUAUGGAAGGACUUCGUAUCGUAAUCCAUCAACGAUUCUUUUGGACCGAUGCGAGAGACGUCCUGUGCUGGCUGCAUGCGGACCACAGAAACUACAGUCAGUUUGUCGGUUUCCGUGUCGCUGAAAUACUGGAGAAGUCCAAUCUGGCCGAAUGGAACUACUGCCCAAGUAAGCUGAACCCAGCUGAUGAUGGGACAAAGUGGACGAAGAUUCCCGAUCUUUCGGAGAAGAGUCGGUGGCUCCAUGUAAUCUGCUUCAUCCAGCAAAAAAUGUCGGAAUGGCCCAACAAACUGAUUCACAUCGGUACAACAACAACGGAGCUAAAGCACUCAGUGGGAGUACACUGCGUGACCGCUCAAGUAAUCAACCCUGAAGAAUUUUCUACCUGGAAGCGACUCUUGCGAUACACGGCUCAUUGCAAGCGGUACGUUCGCAAUCUAAAGGAAACUACGAGCGAUAGACCACGGACAACAGGUGAAAUUACUCAAGAAGAACUCUUCGCGGUGGAGGCGUACCUACACCGGCUGGCACAGGAAGCUGAAUACAUCGAGGAAAUAGCAAUACUCAUCAAGGCGGGAAAAGGUAACCCGAACGGUCUCCAGAUCCCGAAAGGCAGCCCAAUCUUCAAACUAUCGCCAUACUUGGACCAGUUUGGUGUACUGCGGAUGCAAGGAAGAACGGUAGCAUUACGUCAACAAACCAGUUGCCGAAGACCAUCGAUCGUCGGAGGUGUAAUGCUCAAGAUCUAG